AUGGCUGAUAAUUAUGAUAUUUCACGAAAUCCAAGUGAUUUACCUAAAUCAAAAGGUAUUACAAAUGUUCGUCCUGGUGCUUCUCGUCAGCAUUUUCUCAACUUUGACAAUACGAAUUCUGAACCAGAGAGUUCUCGUCGACAAUUAACAGCCUGUUCUUGGCAUAGUUCAAUCAAUGAGGAAAACAAAGAGAAAACAGAUGUUGAAGAUAUAUUUUCUACUGAAAUUGAUGAAGAAGUCUAUGAACGAUAUUCACUUCGAGGUUUGUUACCAGAACAAUGGACAAGAGGACAUGGUGCAACUGAUACAUUAAAAAAUAUUACUGAUAAUCAUUGUAGCGCAUUUUAUGACAAAGCCAUGGAACUUAUGGGAAAACGUAUAAAUUAUGAAGAAGCAUUAGUUAAUAUAAAUAAAUGUCUUCUUCUUAAACCAUUUCAUAUUCCAUUUUAUGAAAUUCGAUCAGAAAUCUAUUUAAAUUUAUGUGAUUUUCAAAGUUCAAUUAUAAGUUUACAAAAAAGUAUUUUAUAUACACAAGUAACAACAGCUAAUAAUGCAACAAGUAAUAGUCGAUUAUCAAAAACGGAACAACAAGCAAUAUCAAAACCUGUAACACCAGUUGUUUAUCGAGAAGAUCGAUUAACAAAUGAUAAAAUAGCAUUUCUUCGAUAUAUCUCAGGUGUAACAUUAUUCGAUCAAAAACUUUAUUUAGAUGCACUGGGUAUUGUUGCUAAUGGUUCUAAUAUAUUUAUUACAUUACCAUUUCAAAUUUAUAGUAUCCUUUGUCUAACAGCUUUAAAUAAAAUCGAUGAAGCAAGUACAUUAAUAACUCAAAUGAUCGAACAAUAUCCUCAAAAUGCUGAUUUAUUAAUUAUUCGUGCUCGUCUAUAUUAUAAAGACAAGAAUAAGGUUUUUAUUGAAGAAUUAUAUUAUUUUUUCAAUUAG